AUGGCUCAAAAUUAUCAACGAAUACAACAAAUAACGGGUCGAAGACAAUCAGCAGCAUUGCCUGUUUUUAUGCGAGAAGAACAUGAUCGUCGUUUGAGUUUAUGUAUCAAUGCUCAACAUCGGUUAUCGACUGUAUCACAAAUAUUUUCGCCACAUGGUACUGAAUAUCAUCCACAAUUACUAGUCCCACCCAAUGGUCCCGAUGCACCUCAACAACUCUUUUUGACGGAAGCAACUGAACAAGAUAAUGAAACUAUGCUAAGACGUCGAAUAUCGAUAAUAUCUUCAAGGUAUCCACCGCUAGAGGAGACCAUUAACGAGGAGGAUAUCACCGAAUCUAACCAAGAACCAGCCAGUCAACAACGACGUACAUUUUUAUUUUUCGCCCAGCCAAUUGUCAGUGGUUUACUUGUACUUCCAAUUCUUAUUCUUUUCUGGCAAUGUGGUUGGAAUUUAACGUUGAUUGUUUUGAAUCAUUUAAAUGGUUCUGCGUCGACAUUACAUUUACAAGAAUACGAUUCAGAAGAAUAUACUGAUUAUCCAUCACGAUUGUUAUUGAUUUUAUAUGCCAUUGCACAGAUCUGUCUACUCAUGUGUUAUCUUGCUCAAGAUUUUCUCUUUAACUUUUUAAAUUCACGACAUUGGUUACUACGAAAUGUUCUAUUGAAACUGCAUAUUCUUGGAUUAGCAUCAAUUUAUAUAAUUCAAUGGGUUAUGUUAUGGACUUUUUGGGAUCAGUAUACACCUCAUGAAUGGUAUUUUGAAUUGACACUUUCAUUUUCAUCAAUCUUUGCAUUGAUCGUAUUUACUGGACAUAUAUCUGAUUUAAUCUGUGCACCGUUUCUAAUGAGUUAUGAUUCAAUUGAGUAUUGUUUACAAUUUGGCUGUCCACUUCUAACAAGACAGAUGGAUCAAUGGAAAAUAAAUUUGCUCAAUUACAUUUUGUACGAAAUUGUCAUAUCAAAUAUAGCAAUAAUAGCAUGGCGUGGUUUCUACCAUAUUCUCGACAAAUAUUUAUAUCCACAUAAUUUUGCGAUGUCAGCCGGCUUAUGUUUAAUUAUUGGUUAUGUUCUUUAUUUUCCACUAAUGUAUUUUCAAACAUAUUUUGAAGAAUUAAAUGUGAGAUAUGAAUUUUGGACAUUUGUUGCAAUUAAUUUCCCACAAUUCUAUCGUAAUAUUCGUCAUCUAUCGGCAUUUGCAUCGUGUCUAUUUGUCUGGCGCGGUUUUUGGCUUUUAUAUGAUACUUAUAUAUACAUAUUUGAAGAAGACUAUCAGACAUAUUUAAUGUUAUUUCUAAUAUCUUUUUUUAUAUUAGCUUUUCUACAGACAUCAUCAUCAACAAAUGGACCAUUGAACAAUAUCACCGAUGAAUACAAUUUCUUUCCACUUUAUCCGAAUUGUUAUCUAUCAAUUGUCCUUGAAAGAUAUCCUCAAUUGGAUUGGUUUCGAUCACCAAUAAUUGAACGAAAUAGAUAA